CGUUUGCUGGAUGGUGAACUCGAAUAAGAAACGAGUUUAUCACUUGAAGAAAUUCUGUUGCAAUGGGGUUUUGAUUCUUGAUCAUAGAUAAUAUAUCACAGAUUUCAAUUUACGGAUGUUUAAAAAGAGCAAAAAUGUCUACCCAGGAUUCCAUCACAAUCGCGUGCGCGAAACCUCUCGAGGAUUUUGAACGUGAUUACAUGCCUCCUCGAUCUUCAUAUGCCCUCUAUAAUACGUCACCUAAAUCUGAAGAUGAAGCGGUGAAAUCUUAUAAACUAGGUUUGUAUAAACCUAGUACGCUACGUCGGGAAGAUUUAACGGCUUGUUUGGAGUUGGUUGAGAAGACGUCCGGGAAGCAUUAUAGGGAGAGUAGAGGCGGGUGGAAUGGGAGGAGGAAGAGGAAGGAAAUGGAGUUGUGGGAUUUGAGGUAUUUGGUUGUGAGGGAGGUGGGUGCUGGGAUUUGUGGGGGAGAGGGAGAGGGAGGGUGGGAGGAUGAUGAGGAUGAGGGUGAGGGUGGGAAUGGAGAGGGAGAGGGAAAUCAUGAAGAUUCUAAGGAAGUUGAAGAGGAGAUAACCGUGGAAGAAUGUGGAGAGGAAGGAGAAGGAGAAGGCGAAGGCGAAGGCGAAGGAGAGAUCAAGGGAUUCAUGAGUUUUAUGCCUACGUUUGAAGAUGGCAUCAAAGUGGUUUAUCUUUAUGAGAUACAUUUAGUGGAUGAAUUACGCGGCACAGGCCUGGGCGCCCAUUUAAUGUCUCUCCUUACCAACAUUGCGCGCGCCAUUCCCGGUGUCGAAAAAACAAUGUUAACAUGUUACACGGCUAAUGAAGCGGCGUUGAAUUUCUAUAGGAAGCUUGGAUAUGAGAAGGAUGAGUAUAGUCCGGAGCCGAAGAAAUUGAAGGGGGGGAAGGUGUUGGAGAGUGAUUAUGUUAUUUUGAGUAAGAGGAUUGAGAGGAUAGGGGAUGGGGUAGAAGGUAAAGAGGUGGAGGCCGGGAAAGGUAAGAGGAAGAGGGGAGUUUGAGUGAGGAGGUUGGAAGGAUUGCUAGGGAGGGGAUGGGUGUGGAUUGAUGUUAGGGCGUUUAGGAUUGUAGUCUGGGAGGGGAAUUGAUACCAAGAAGAGAAGCGUGCUAGUGAUUGCGGAUUAUCAAAUUUACACUCGAUAUUGAGAGAAGCAGUAACAGAAUCGGAUGGGUAUCAUCGUGCUC